UAUCUCCGGUCAGUUGCCCGAGAAAUAGCGUGCUGAACGGUCGCAAAUCGCGCACGAGUAUUAAAAGAAACCGAAUAAAAAAUAAGACAAACACCAGAGUGAUUUCCCCGAAAAGAUCUAGAUAAAAAGAUACUACAUAACGUAUACAAACAAACAAGGGAAUUCUUUAAGCAUCUUAACGCCAACGAUUGCAUUGGAAUUCUUCAUUUAUAAUUGCCCAAAGACGUUUAAUUGUAUUUAAUUAAUUGUAAAAUGACUGACCAAGAGCAUAUUACACUGCACAUGGAUAAGCUGCCGCUGGAUAAUGAUGAUAACACUUUGACGAGAAAUAAUGAAAAUAUCAACAAUCACAGAAACGGCGAUGCAAUGGAGGGACGUAAUAAUCUUCGAGCGCCCAGAUCAGUUCCCGAAACGGAUGAUGAUGACAACGACGAUCGUCCCUUUGUUAAAGAUGGCAAUGAUAAUCCCGGCGUGGAUGACGGUCUUCUGGAAGGUGGAGAAGGACGAAGGGGCGGCGGAGGAGGAGGAGGAGGCGGAGGCGGUGUCACUGUACUCGUACCCAAUGGAGGAAGACGACCCAGUUUCUCCUUUCCGGGAUAUACCGGCAACGGUUUCGUGACAAUAAACGGAGUCGAGACACCAAUACCCGAUGUGAAUGCAUAUCAGCACAAGAAAACCCUGGCCCAGGGAAUGAUGGAUCUGGCUUUACUCUCAGCGAAUGCGAAUCAGUUGCGAUAUGUUCUGGAGACAAGUUCCCAACAUCCAUAUUUUUAUCCCAGCCUGCUGUUCAUCUCACUUAGCAUUAUAUUCCAGAUUGCUGUGGGCGUGGGCCUUAUAUUGAAUGGCCAGUACAACAUUAAGAACGGGCACGAUAUUUGCCGGGCGAACAGAAUCAACAAUUAUACAGUCAUCGGCAUUUUUAUUGUAACAGUGGUCAAUGUUCUGAUAUCGGCAUUUACCGUUGCGGAUCCAAUCACGGGAUCUGCAGCAACACCCGCCAAUACCACAUAGAUUACCACUCUUAUAUUAAAUUUAAAAAAUAAUGUAGUAUUAUGAGCAUAAUCUCAUCGUUAGGAAAUACUCACACAGCCACACCGUUCAGUCCUUGUUGAAAUUCACUAAGCGCCUCAUUUUUCUACACAUAAAAAUGAAUUGUGAUAAACAAAUAAAAUCCCACAAGCAUUUUACAUGUAAAAU